AUGGCAACGUUGACGAUUAAACGCAGAACACCUUCUCUUGGUACACUGCCUACUAUGCCUCCAUCCACACCACCAUCAGUGAUUGAUACACCUAUGCCAUCCACAUCGAUUACCAAUAAGGCUGCAUCACAAGGCGCGUCAUUAUACCACACAUGCCGCUCCGUUCUUGAUCGACUUGCAGCUGUCGAAGGCAUGGCUGAAUUUCUCGAUGCUGAUAUCACACCUCCUUCACAACUCAAUCCAUCCAACUCUUCUUCAACGACAUCAUCCAUCUCAUCGUCAUCAUCUGAACCUUCGACCCCAACAAGUUCUACCAGCAAUGAUCCAUUGAGUAAACUUUGGUCCAUUUGUCGACGUGGCAAUUCUCUUUGCAUCCUCUUCAACGCAUUGCAAAAGGACACGCCUAUCAAAAUUGAAGAUCGGGAUCCAAACUUGAACCAGCUCAACGCUUGCAAAGCUAGCGUCUAUCACUUCUUGGUCGCAUGCAGGAACCAGCUUAAAUUUUCUGAAGAGGACGUGUUUACCAUCACCGAUCUUUAUCAAGGAGACACCAAUGGCUUUGUCAAGGUUGUCAACACAAUCAACAAAAUCCUUCAUUUGUUGGAAGAAAGGGGCGUGAUUUCUGUGCGCUGUUCCAACCGAAACUCAGAUCCUAAUGCACCGAAAGAUAUACGUGGCAAGGUUGUCAUGGAAUUGCUUGAGACUGAACGCAAGUAUGUACAAGAUCUUGAGAUUCUCCAGAACUACAUGCGUGAAUUGCAAAGUCAAAAGGUGCUUUCUCUUGACACCAUCCACUACUUGUUUGGCAAUCUCAAUGCUCUCGUCGACUUUCAACGCCGAUUCUUGAUCCAAAUGGAAGACAUGGCUGAAAAGCCUGCUCAAGAACAACGACUAGGCUUGCUCUUUGUUCAAAUGGAAGAGGCGUUUUCCGUGUACGAGCCCUACUGCGCCAACUACUACUCCGCACAAGACUUGGUGGUGCAGGAAGCCCCUAAGCUUCAAAAGCUUGCCAACAUUUUGAAUCCAACCUAUGAGUUGCCAUCCAUGCUUAUCAAGCCUGUUCAGCGCAUUUGCAAAUAUCCUUUGCUCAUGAGUGAGCUCAUCAAGAGCACUGACAAGACAUGGUCGCAUCUUGCUGAAAUGGAACAAGGCCUUGAAGCUAUCAAGCGUGUUGCUGAAAAGGUCAACGAGACCCAAAGAAAGCAUGAGAACGUUCAAGCCGUUGAAGAUCUCAAGAAACGCAUUGAUGAUGGGUCAAGCUCCAUUGAAUCUUAUGGAUCGCUCAUGUUGCAAGACAAGCUCUCUCUUAUGACCAAGGAUUCAGCACGAGAAAUGUGCCUCUUUCUUUUCGAACGAUGUUUAUUGAUUUGCAAGGAAAACAAGGAAGCUGCCAAGAACCGCCUUACCAAAUCCAAUACGAUUAUCAAAAAGAAGCGACGUGGUAGUCUUCAAGAACGCCUCAAUGUGGGUGCACAUCAAAUCCAUGGUGUCUAUAACCGAUCGCUCAAUGGUACAUGGAUGCUAGUAGUUGAAUAUGGUAAACGUGACCUGGAAAGCUUCACGCUUUUAUUCCGUAACGAGGAGCAACUCAAGCUGUGGGAAAGCGCUCUCAACAAGAUCAAGAGCAACUACACUAGCAGCACUGGUACCAAUGUUCCACACAGCUAUCAUAGCACGAUGCACAUGUACGCAAUGCCUAGUCCAAGUGAUUCUGGAGCUUCGUUUAUGGAUGAUGACGACGACGAGGAUGAAUUUUAUGAAUAUGAAUUCUAUGAUGAGUUACCACAGCCCACUCGCUCACGUAGCAAUUCAAUUUCGGCACAAUUAUUCAACAGCAUCCGACCUGGUGGCAAAAACGAGGUCAAGAGUCGUCAAUACCCACAUCACAUGCCUGGUAUGAACCUGUCACCAUUGCCACGCACCAGCGCAAGUACCACAACGGCGUCAUCCAACACCAUUGAUUAUGGAAUGUACCCUGUAUCACCUCCACCUUCUCAUCCAUCAUCACCCACAAGCUCCUCUCGUAUGUAUGGUGCCAAUUCUCCCCUCGCAGCAAAGUAUAUGGGUAGCAUCAAUGGUGGCGGUGGCGGUGGUGGUAUCAUGCUUCCUACCCCUCCCAAUGAUUUGCCUUUGCCACCUGUUGUCAAUCGUACCCAGUCUCAAUCGGCUGCUGCUGGUCUUGGCAUUGCUACCACAACCAACAAGAGCCAUCAUCAUCAUCAACAACGUCUACGUUCUCAAAGUAGCCCCAACAUCCACAAGGCUGCUGUUGCCAUGUCUCGUGCUCCAUAUUCACACGACUCGGUAACCAACAAUAGCUCAAUCCGCCAAAUGGCUUCUUCACCACGACUUUCGGAUCAUCAUGAUUUGAAGGUCAAGUUGUCAUAUGAUGACAAGAUCUACGUGAUCAAGACAACAGAAGGAAUCAGCUAUACGCAGCUCAUGGAAAAGGUCGAACGCAAGAUCCGUUGUGGUGCUGGUCUUGGAGGCAAGGAAUUGUUGCGCCUCAAGUACUUGGAUGAAGAUGGUGAUUUGAUUACAAUCAACUCUGACGACGAUGUUCAAAUGGCUUUUGAGAAUCGUGGUCGUCACCCAUCCGUCAGCCUCUUUGUCAACGCCUAA